ACACUAAGGCACAGAGAGGUUCUGGAAAGCCAAGAUUUGACCCAAGUAUUUUGGAUUCAGAGCCCAUACUGCCUUUUGUGAAAUACAAAUGAAUCACGAUAGAGCCACUCAAAUACGUCAUUCAAAAAUUAAUUCAGAAACCCAAACAGGCCAGUAUUGCUGUAUCUCAGAAAACCACUAUAUUUCUCUCAAAGGAGGCAACAAAUACUGCCAGAGUAAGACACAGCCAAGCUACAAAGUAAGUGCUAUCUUUUCCUCCUCAAAGAAAAGAAAGAAAGAAAGAAAAUAAAGUCACACUACUUUUGGUAUCCUUUCACAUACAACUAACGAUGUGGUUAUUCCUGGUCCGUAUUUUCAUGAUCUGAUGUCACUGCUCCCGAGCGUUCAGAGUAACCGGUUCUGCGGCAGACUACUUCAUCUGGGUCAGGGAACGAUUCUGGUCCCAAGUAGAAAGGAUCUCACAUUCUCUUAAGCAAAGACAGUGGCUUAAUUGUUGCAGUUUUGAGUACUUUGCACCUGAAGAGACACAACUGCUAACCUAGGUAAGGAUUUUGCACGUUUACUAACUGGAACAGAGGGACAAUCCUGCCAGUGACUCGGCCUUCUAUUACUUUCCUCUCCUCCUAAACAGUUCACCUGGGCCAUGUGCCUGGGAUACAGUGGCUGCUUAAUAGAUAUUUUUUAAAUAAAAUCAUUUUUUGAAUACUUAAAACUUUUCUAAUAUAUAUUUAUAAAUCAUUUUUAAGAGGUGGGUUUAAACCCUUCUUCCUUAUUACCUAGAGUAUUUGAAUUAGAAAUAAGUUCUAAAAGCCUGUAAUGCUAUUAAAAUUCUUUAUCAGAUCCUAGGGCUGCAAUUUGAAAUGCUAUAUCUCCUAACAAGGUGCAUGCCCACUUUACAGACAACUUCAGCACAGUUUAAGAAGAACGCAGUGGACAGUUCUGGCCUUUAUGCCAUGUAUCCAGCACCACCCACCCACAAUACUCAGCAGAAAGGGUGCCCUCGGAGGGCCUGGUGUGAGCUUUCCUCCUGGGCUGCAGUGUCCUCAUCCACCCUGGGCCCUAUUCAGAUGUGUUCUUGGCUCCCGGUGCACACGGACGCCUUUUGUUUAUUCUUUCUUUCCUUCAAUCCUGAUUUUGUCUUCUUUCCCCAGCCUUUGUUACUUGGUUCUCUACUGCACAGAAGGAGCUACAACUUGGACCAAGAGCCACCAUAAUUAAGCACCAGGAUUUUCUAGGCGGACAAAGAUAACGGUAACAUCAUGGAGUCGGGGGGUCUCCAGCUCUUUGCUUUCUUCCUGGCCUUAUCUGGGGUCUCUGGAGUGCUCACAGCCACUCUGCUGCCCAACUGGAAGGUGAAUGUGGAUGCGGGCUCCAGCAUCAUAACAGCCAUCGUACAGCUGCAAGGGCUGUGGAUGGACUGCACGUGGUACAGCACCGGGAUGUUCAGCUGCACCCUGAAAUACUCCAUUCUGUCCCUCCCCACCCACGUGCAGGCUGCGCGGGCCACUAUGGUCCUGGCAUGUGUCCUGUCUGCUUUGGGGAUCUGCACUUCUACAGUGGGGAUGAAAUGCACCCGCUUAGGAGGGGACAGAGAAACCAAGAGUCAUGCUUCUGUGGCUGGAGGAGUCUGUUUCAUGUCUGCAGGGAUCUCUGGUUUAAUACCGACAGUGUGGUACACAAAGGAGAUCAUAGCAAACUUUCUGGAUCUGACAGUUCCGGAAAGCAACAAACAUGAACCUGGAGGAGCUGUCUACAUCGGAUUCAUUUCCGCCAUGCUGCUGUUUAUCUCUGGCAUGAUUUUCUGCACUUCCUGGAUAAAAAAGCAUCCAGAAGCUUGGGUCGACCCAGCCAAGCAGCAGCAUGUCUCCACCACACAGCCUGAGGGCAAUUCAGCAUACAACCUGAAGGAUUAUGUGUAA